UGUGGAAAUCGUGCUUCAACUUUUUUAUUCUCCUCCAUUCAGCAUACUUUCUCAACUUUAUAUUCUCUUCAAGUUCUCUUCCUCCCCAUCUCUCUCCCUUUCUCUACAGAUUCACUUCUGAUCGUCAACUCAGCAAUUGUUCAUCACCAUGGCUAGAACUUCGUCGCUGGAUCAAGGCUCAACGCCAAGCCUCUUUUCCCCCUACAAGAUGGGCAGGUUCAACCUCUCCCACAGGGUAGUAUUGGCUCCAUGUACAAGGUGUAGAGCAAUAAAUGGAAUUCCACAGGCGGCGCUGGCGGAGUACUAUUCACAGAGGGCUACCCAAGGUGGAUUUCUCAUCACUGAGGGGACCAUGAUUGACCCAACUUCUGCUGGGUUUCCACAUGUGCCCGGGAUUUUCACAAAGGAGCAAGUGGAGGCAUGGAAGAAGGUGGUUGAUGCUGUCCAUGCCAAGGGUGCUAUUAUUUUCUGUCAGCUAUGGCAUGUGGGUCGUGCAUCUCAUCAAGUGUAUCAACCUGGUGGAUCCGCGCCUAUAUCUUCCACUGAUAAGCCAAUAUCAAAGAGGUGGAGGAUACUGAUGCCGGAUGGGAGUCAUGGUAUCUAUCCUAAACCACGGGCAGUAGGAGUCGAUGAUAUUGCAAACGUGGUGGAGUAUUAUCGCAUUGCAGCUAUUAAUGCUAUUGAAGCAGGGUUUGAUGGUGUUGAAAUCCAUGGAGCUCAUGGCUAUCUCAUUGACCAGUUUCUGAAAGAUGGGAUCAAUAACCGUAAGGAUGAGUAUGGUGGAUCUCUUGCAAACCGCUGCAAAUUCAUUAUGCAGGUGGUUCAAGCGGUUGCAACUGCCAUUGGUGCUGAUCGUCUUGGUGUCAGAAUUUCACCAGCAAUCGACCAUCUUGAUGCCAUGGACUCUAGCCCGCUCAGCCUAGGCCUGGCAGUUGUUGAAAGGCUUAACAAGCUACAAGUAGAUAUCAGAACCAAGCUGGCCUAUCUGCAUGUGACUCAGCCGCGUUAUGUAGCCUAUGGGCAAACAGAAUCAGGCAAACAAGGCAGCGAAGAAGAGGAGGCAAGGCUAAUGCUUACUCUGCGGAACACCUAUCAGGGGACUUUCAUUUGCAGCGGUGGAUACACGAGGCAGCUUGGUAUUGAGGCUAUCGCUCAAGGGGACGCAGACUUGGUGUCAUAUGGUCGACUUUUCAUUGCAAACCCGGACUUAGUAUUGAGAUUCAAGCUCGAUGCACCCCUCAACAAGUACAAUAGGAAAACAUUCUAUACCCAGGAUCCUGUUGUGGGAUAUACAGAUUACCCUUUCCUUAACAAAGAAAGGGGAAGUAACCGACCUUUUUCGCGUCUGUAGUCUUGUUCUUGCCCUCCUCAAGAAGCUUGAAUAUAGUUUGCUAAAUUUUGUGCUUUAAGCUUGUCAGUCUCUUUACCAUGUAACUGGGUCCAAUCUGCAGUGAGUGAAUAUGAAACUAAGGGACCAGAUAUUAUUUGUAAUAGCACUCUUGUGCCUAAUGUGUGGUUGUUUUCAACU